AUGGCGCGCCGUCAACACCUAACCCUGACGCUCCUCGGCGUCAUGCUUUUCCUCUCCCUCCUCUACAUCAUGUCCUCCUCUUCCAGCUCACAGUAUCCGACCCGUUUUGGCAGCGACUACACACCUCAGCAACAACAUGACGCCGUCCAUCACGAGCAUGAGCACGACCAUGCCGGUGAUACAGGCAGCGCUGGCAGCGGACUGGGGACGUCCUUUGUGCCGGAGAGUAUCCUCCACGGAGGUGCGAUCGCGCCUAAGUUGCCUAAUGCCACUGCGAGAGCCGAGCUAGGCCGCGCCUCGUGGAAACUCCUGCACACGAUGAUGGCGCGCUUCCCCGAACACCCGACUCCCGACGACCAACUCGCCUUGAAGACAUACAUCCAGCUCUUUGCGCGGCUCUACCCGUGCGGCGACUGCGCGGCGCACUUUCAGAAGCUGUUGGCCAAGUACCCGCCGCAGACGAGCAGUCGAAACGCGGCGGCUGGCUGGGCGUGCUUCGUGCAUAAUGAGGUGAAUAAGAGACUGCAUAAACAGGAGUUUGAUUGUAGUAAACUGGGGGAUUUUUAUGAUUGCGGAUGUGGGGAGGAGCCAGUAGAGGGGCAGAAGAAAGGAGGGGAGCUCAAGAGGGAUUAG